AGAAACGAGUGGCACUAGUGGGAUCGAGCGUCCCGCUAUUCGUCCGAUCGAGUGUCGAACGACGUUGCUGUGUCGCCAGUCAUCGUCAUUCUUCACUGAGCGCCUGAAUUGGAUAGUUGUAAUUGUGCCUGACUCUAAACACUCAAAUCGUAUAAAAUGCCGGCAUUAACGUUCGACGAUCCGCUCCUCCGAUCAUGGGCGUUCUAUUCUGGUUUGUUGAUGCUCAAAAUGUUGGGAAUGUCCAUCUACACCGGAGCGACUCGCAUGAAACAUAAGGCAUUCGCAAAUCCGGAGGAUGGCGCCACCCUCAAGGUUAAACCUCGCGUGGAUGAAAAUGUUGAACGUAUCAGGAGAGCGCAUCUUAAUGACAUUGAGAACAUUCCUCCUUUCGUGGUCCUUAGUUGGCUGUACGUGAUGACGAAUCCAUCGGCUGGUUUCGCCACUAUGUUGUUCCGCGCUGCGGCAGCCGGUCGGUUCUUGCAUACGUUGGUGUAUGCAGUUGUCCCGCUGCCUCAACCUGCAAGAGCUAUUGCGUUCUUCGUGCCCUACGGCAUCUGCUGGUACAUGGGCAUUCAGGCCGUUAUGCAUUUUAUAAGCUAAACACAUCACUUUUUUCAAAUUUUUAUACUAAGUUGCCUAAACGGUAACCAUUUUGGUAGUUCAUAAUUGAAAUUGUGGUUUUUAUCGCUAGAAGUACUAGAGUACUAAAUCGUUUGUUGUAAUUGCAUUAAUAAAAAAAAGAUGUUAAUCUUGA